AUGGAAAAACUACCUAUUCAUACUGGGGAUGCAGACGGGUCCGACCCAGAGAACUCAUCUAAUUCCCGACGCGACAGAUCCAUCCCGCCCCACCGCAUCGCUAUUGCCGCAGGUUUCCUCUUCUGCUGGUAUUUGUUUAUCAAGCUAGCACCGACAACAGAACUCUCACAUGGAUGUAUAAAACACCAUGCUCCGGGCUCUACAGUGCCAGGUAUCCCAAAUAGCUGGGCCCCUGAUACGCCGGACCAAACAUGGGAAGAAUACAACAAACAACCACAAACGGAUCUGGUAGACACCAAAAUCCCGCUCGAGGCUCAUAUUAUGAGCAAGUGCCCCGAUGCACAAAUCUGUCUCCAAAGGCUGGUUCUGCCUGCCAUGGAGCAAAUCAGCGACAAGGUCGACUUCCAGCUAUCUUUUAUCGCGAGGUCAGCACUUCACUCCCUCCAACUGCACUUCAACUUUGCUCACAAUAACAUUUAA